UGUCUGUUUCUGUGUCCAGAUGCUCCUUCCAGUCCGAUGGUGUACACCAAAGACUCCGUGGAGCUCGGAGAGAAGAACACCCUCAUCUGUUAUGUGACUGGUUUCUAUCCUGCUCCUGUCAUCUUCUCCUGGACAAAGAACGGAGAGAACAUCACCGAAGGAAGCAGCACCAACGUUCCCUACCCCAACAAAGAUGGUUCCUUCAACCAGUUCUCCAGACUGGAGUUCAUCCCACAGCUGGGAGACAUCUACAGCUGUACAGUCAACCAUCUGGCCCUGGACCACCCACUGACCAGAAUCUGGGAUGUGGAGAAGACUCAGCCCGGUAUUGGACCAGCAGUUUUCUGUGGACUGGGUCUGACUGUCUGUCUGCUUGGUGUGGCUGCUGGAACCUUCUUCCUCAUCAAAGGAAAGGAGCGUAGCUGAUUGGUUGGGAAUGAU